CGACAAAAACGCCCCUCAAGGCCGUCAUGCUUAGAGUUGUGAGAAAGAGCUGUCGAUGUCAUUCGUGAGGCAGGUGGUCGUGGCAUCAGCUUCAUGUGUACAGUGCAGUGUUCAGAUUUCUUGUGCUGAUAAUGGCUGUGCUUCCUGGAUCACCAAGAUACACAAAGCAGCAUAGUUUGGACUCGGCAGCCGUGUUCAAGUGUGACUGGUGCACAGUUACAGUUAUAUAAGUGCUACGCAAGUGGUGGCGUUCCUCACUGAUUCACUGUAGCAAACGGAGGCACUGGUUGGUGGUGACGGGAGUGACGGGAGUGACAAGGGUGACGAUGGUUCAGCAGGAGUGGGGAAGGAGCAGCAGUGACGGUGUGUGUGUCUCCAUGUCUCACCCCUGCUGAGUGUGGUGCUGCAUCCCUGCACACACCACACCUGGACAAGCUGCAGUGCCACAGUGAAGUGAGAAGGAGGAGGAGGAGGAGGUGGUGAGCUGUAAGGGGAGGAGGAGGUGAACUGUGAGCUGUGAAGGGAGGACAUAAGAACAUAACUUAGGGAAGCUGCAAGAAGCUAUCAGGCCUACAUACGGCAGUCCCUGAGGAGGUGAGUAGUAAGCUGUGAAGGGAAGUGGAGGUGAGCAGUGAGCUGUGAAGGAAGGUGAAGGUGAGCAGUGAGCUGUGAAGGGAGGAGGUGAGCCGUGAGCUGUGAAAGGAAGUGGAGGUGAACUGUGAAGGGAGGUGAGCUGUGAGCUGUGAAGGGAGGUGGAGGUGAGCAGUAAGCUGUGAAGGGAGGCGGAGGUGAGCAGCGCCGGGGUAUGGUAGUGCUAUGCCAUACCAGGUAGACUCGUGCAACGUUUCCCUGCGCCCUUCCAAGUACAUCUACUUGCGGCCCUAUGUUGACGCCACACGUGGAGGCCAUGUUCCGCUGCGAGGAGUGUGGCAAGCAGUUUGCCUACAAGAACAACAUCACCCACAUGAUUGUACACGGUGGGGAGGAGAAGUUUGCCUGCGAGGAGUGCUGCAGCCUCCUCUCCCAGCAGGCGCAGCUCAGCACACACAUGCUGGUGCACACUGACCAGGGCGUCACGGCCGUCACCGGCAUGCCCAUCCUGCAAGACAAGAACUUCACCUGCCUCACGGCCACCAUGCCCGCCGUGGCUGAGAAGCGCUUCGCAUGCGAGAUCUGUGCCAAACUGUUCCCUCGCAAGAGCUCCCUCAAGACCCACCGCCUGGUGCACAGCGGGGAGAAGCGCUUUGAGUGCGACGAGUGCGGCAGCCGCUUCACUCGCAAGAGCAGCCUCACCACGCACCGCUUCACCCACACGGGGGAGAAGAAGUUUGAGUGCGAGGAGUGCGGGGGCCUGUUCACCCGCAAGAGUAGCCUCAACAUCCACCGGCUGGCCCACCGCGGGGAGAAGAAAUUUGAGUGCGACAAGUGUGGCAAGAGGUUCACGCGCCGCAGCAGCCUCAACACUCAUAUGCUGAUGCACAACGGAGAGAAGAAAUUUGAGUGUGAGACCUGUGGCACCUCCUUCACCAGGAAGAGCAGCCUCAACACACACAUGCUGGUGCACACUGGCGACUAGUGUGUGUGUGUGUGUGUGUGUGUGUGUGUGUGUGUGUGUGUGUGUGUGUGUGUGUGUGUGUGUGUGUGUGUGUGUGUGUGUGUGUGUGUGUGUGUGUGUGUGUGUGUGUGUGUGUGUGUGUGUGUGUGUGUGUGUGUACCUGUGCAUACACGAGUUGAGGAUCAAGUUACAGUGUCAGCCAGAGGAGUACUGCUGAGUCAGUUUGGUGACUACGUAUAGUUAGUAAAAACCGGACUAAUUUAAAUAUUCAACUUUUUUUUUUUGGUGUUAUUUUCAUCGUGAAGGACCGUAGAUGUUAUACUUCCGUCGUGUCAUCAGCGCUCUACCAACACAAACUCUGUAGACCGUAGACCAAACCUUAGCAAUGACUGAGGAGGAAGUGUUUGUUUCCUCCUCCAGUUAGUAACACUGUCUUGUGGAUGUGGCAACACAGCACCUGAGCAAGACUUAAUGAUGUACCUGGAAUGAUCUGUGUCUCUACAAUGGAUUAGCAACAUUGGGAGGAGCAACACUAUCGCAGGCACCAGCAUUGUGUUGAUUUGUUUUGUCACUUUUUGUUGUGGUUUUGUGUUGCCAUGUUUUGGUGAUGAACUGACUUGAAUCUUCAGUAUCUCAAAUUAAAUGAAGCAACAAAAUACUCAACAAAAAAGUGGUUAUAUUUUUUCUUUAUAUCAAGUAUUAUAUGGGACAUUAAUAUUUCCUGUUUGAUUAUUGCUUAAUUUUUCUGUUUUUGUUUUGUUUUUGUUUUGAUUUGCAUUUCAGUAUGUUUAUUUGAUUUCAUUCGCUGUAUUAUCAUCAUCGUUUUAUUUAAUGUCUUUAUUUUGCAUUACGAGAUUGGGCGUUUUAUUAUGAAUCUUGUGUUGUGCAGUCAUAGGUGAUCUCUGCUUGUUCACCCUUGUUUUCCCCCCUCACAUCAUCUCCAGGUCUUCUCUUGUCUUCCCACUUGUCUCCCAACUGAACCUUCUCUGAUAUUGACUCUUGUCUUCUUUUCCUCCUCACACCAUCUCCAGGUCUUUAGUCUUUCCACUAGUCUUCUAACCUAACUUAACAUUCCCUUAUACUUAUUCUGUCUUCCCUUUCUCCACUCAUUACAAUUUCCUUUUAACUGUCUCCAGCCUUUCUCUCAUUUCCAUUCUGAUGUACCCACCUCGCCUCACCACACUCCGUCACAUUCAAUCACCUCAUCACCUCAUCAUAAUCCCCAGGCAGUCAUGGUAUCAUCAUUCUUUGUCUGUCAAUCUGCUUUCAUUCUAUCAACACUCUUCCUGUCUGUCAUUCUGCUCUCAUUUUAUCACCCUUUCUGUCUUUAGUUAUCCUGUCUCAGCACCACAAAAGUCAAGGGCUGGUUGUAUAAUGCUGGUGCCCAUGCUAGUGUUGCUCUUGCUAUUGUAACUGCCAUUCCCUUACAGUCCCACAGCUUUACAAUCCAGAACCAUAUUCUAGAUCUCUCCUGCUGGCACCUUAGCUACUUUCAAAGGCUGUAGUUGAAGUUACCCAGUUUUUAAGAGUGUUUUUUACGUUUCCAGUGACGGAUUAACAAGAUUUCUACAUUACGAACAUGAGAAAUACUCUUGAGGACAUGGUUUGUCAUCUCUGUGGCCUUGGAAAAUAGUCUUGGUGAGAGAGCAAAGCGUCUUCAAGUGGUGGGGUUCUGGGUAGUGGUGUGAGGGACUGCAGGGGAACCUCACAGAUGCAGUAACCCUCCUGUAGUUAUUAGCUGCUCUUGGUAUGUGGUAGUUUAGUUGAUGUGCCCAGCGGUGCCAUUCACGGUUCCCUUGCCGGAUGGUCACCGCGUUGGCAAACCCUUCGACUGACGACUUGGUUUUUUAUAUCGAUUGCUGUCCGUACGUGUGGAUGAGUAAUGUUAUAUUUUUUGAGAAACCUUGUAAAACCUGAUAAAUAAAGCAAAACUAAUGG